GUCUCCCCACGCUGCUGCUGGGGGGACUUUUUAACAUAGGCCUCUACCUGUGUAUGGCCUUCAAUUGAAGCUGCUUCUGCUCCGCCACUCUGCCAUUGGACUCUUGAUAGUCGUCUCCCCACACUGCUGCUGGGGGGACUUUUUAACAUAGGCCUCUGUAUGGCCUUCAAUUUAAGCUGCUUACGCUUCGCCACUCUGCCAUGGGCCCCUGUACCGCCUCCUCUUGCUGCUGCCAGGUCCAGAGUGUGUCAUGGGUCCCUGUACGGCCUCCCAUUGCUGCUGACUUCAUCGCCAGACUCUGCCAUGUGCCACUUUCAGGUCUCCUUACACUGUUGGUGGGUUCCAUUUUGUGAUAGGGUGCUG